CCCUACCCCAGACGGAAGCGAGGCUGGACAGAUUCCAAACUUUGUGUAGUUUUUGUACGUAGUACUCGUGAAAUUUGUGGAUUUUACGGCUAGUUUCGCAGCCAAUGUCUGUGACAGCGGUCACAGAAGGCGUGUAAAGGUUACAAUCUGAUGGAUCCAUGUCCUGACCGGGCUCCGCGGGACAGUGUAGCGGCGCCCGCCAAGUGUGUUGACGGAAGCCGUGGCGCGCCGACCGAACCACAAAGCAUUCCCCCUGCCUCGUCCACGUUUAUGGAGGCUCGUCUGGGCGGCUCAGAAAUCCGUGAGAAGCUGCGAGGGCGCCAAAACGCUGUGGCCAAGAAGCAGAAGGGACCAAUGCUUGCCAAGGCCCCAGUUUUUAGCCAAGGAGCUGUCCUCCCCCUCGUAGUAGUGGUAGAUCCCGAGUCGAACAACGUGGAAAACACAGAGAACUCACAUAACAUAGAGAACUCACAAAACACAGAGAACUCACAGAACAUAGAGAACUCACAGAACACGUCGUCGUUCGGAAGCGUGCAAAGCAAGAUCCAGUUCUUCAACAAGAGGAAUACGCCCUCCCCCACUCCCAGCACCGACCCAAGUGACGUCACAGAUAUCACAACCUCCAGUUCUAACACUAACAGCGACGACAACCGCUCCAAGACAAAAGUCCGCCGGCGACGGUCUCUAUCCCCAAGUUUCGGCGCCAACAGGGGUAAAGGAGCGAAGGCACCAACCAUGCACAAGGUUAACAUGUGUAACUGUAACGAGGCUCCGUUCCACCGCCCUUCAUGUCCCGCUAGGAGAGGACACAAACUGUUCCGCUCUAAAUCGCACCAGAGUCAGAGCGGCCGCGGGCGGAACACGCCCACGUCCAGCCGCCCGUCGUCUCCCGGUAGUGGACGAGGGACGCCAACAGGCACCGCGGGCUCCACAGAAGAAAUGGAGAAACUACAGAAGAAGAUCCGCAGGGUUCAGCGGAUGAGGCUGUACCUCUUACAGCAGAGCGGCCCCAACUCACUGUUGGUAGGCGGGGACUCCCCUGACGACAAGCACAGGGUGCUGAUUGGUCAACAGAGCUGCAGCUGUGGGAAGCACAUGCCGUGUGUGCACCUGCUGUUCAUCAUGCUGAGGGUGUUCCAGGUGGCGGAAACCAACCCCCUGCUGCAGAGGAAGACUCUCAGGAACUACGAGGUGGAGAGUCUUUUCAGAAACUUUGAGGCCAGGAAAAGGAAUCGUGUGUGGCGGAGACGGCCCCCGCAGGCACCCAACAAAGCUGAGGAUGUGGCUGAGUCUGAUGGUGCUAAACAGGAAGAGGAGACCUCUGGUGAUGAGAAGAGAGUAAAACCCGAGGACGACACCUGUCCUAUAUGUCUGUUGGAGAUGGUGGAUGGAGAGAGUCUGACCUCCUGUGAUGACGGCUGUAACAACCAGAUGCACCACCAGUGUGUGGCUGUCUGGGCUGAAGCCUGUAAGAGACAAGGAGACGCCUUCAGCUGUCCUCUGUGCCGUGCAGUCUGGACAGAGGAGGGAGAAGGGGUCAGUGACGAGGGCAGCCAAGCCCCGCCCAACUCCCGCGCCCCGUCCCCGGUACAUCCCCUCCCCGGGGAGGGCGUCCACCUGCCUCACUCUGAACCCAUCCCUCCCGAACAUAGGGACAUGGCCGCACCAUGGAUAGAGUUGUUUGGGUACAACUUGGUGAGCUGCCUGUUCUCUCGUGACUGGUCAGUCCGGGAGGCUGGGCUGAUGUGUUUAUCACACGAGGUGGCCAGGAGACUGGUCCAGAUGGAGGAGGAUGGGCAGGAGGAGGAGGACCCCGCCCAGUGGACCACUGUCCUGCGGGUCUGCUGCAGCAUCCUGGCCAUGCUGUGCAGAGACCCUGUCUAUAAUGUCUAUGUGGCAUCACUGAGAAGUCUGCGUGACAUGUCAGCGUACACAGUGUGCCGUUCGGAGGAACAGGUGUCAUGUCUACAGGACAUGCUGCGGCCGGUGGUGGAUAUUAUUCUCAUCAAGUGCACCGACGGGGCAAAGAACAGGAAAAACCGUACCUGUCAGCUCUCCCUGUCCACUCUCCUGGAGCUGGCUAAGGGACAGGAGGGCGGGCUGGCCAUGGCCUCGGAGCUGCCGCGGGCCGAGUCCCUGCCCGUGGGCGACCUCCCGUUCCUACUGUCCUGCAUCCUGGCCCCUCCGCCCGCUGACGCGGCCUGGCAGUACUUCCUCGGGCGGCUCAACGUCAUCGAGAGAAUCAUCGAAGACUUCCCCAACCACUUCGUCAAGCAGGGCAGCCAGUCUCCCCGCAAGAAUGACCCUCCGUUCGACACCGAGCCUCUCGCCUCCGUCCUGUCGUACGUGUGCGAGUGUGUGAAGAGUCCGCACCCCAAGCUGGCCAAGCAGUCUCGGGAGCUCUUCUUGAAGAUAGCCCGCUGGGUGUCGUCGGUGCCUUCCGUGUUCAAGUUUAUCUUCGGUAUCCUGAGCACGUACACCUCACGGCGCCACGCCAGUCUCAUGGAAAGCCUUCUAGCUCUUGCCACCAAGCUGGGGAUCAGUAAGGACUGGCUCAUCGCGUCCUGUCCAUCCAGCCCCUGUAAAGGUCCCCAGGAAUCCCCCGCCGGCGCGUCAGCAGACUCUACGCCUGGCUCUACUCCUCGCUACAACACGCCUUCUGCCUCUCCCGGCAGCACGGUCAACAUGCCUGCAGAAACAGUGCCCAGAACUGGCCCCGCUGGGGUGCUGACCCCACCCCCCUCCCCCGUACACUCAGCUAGAGACGUAGACCCACAGGAGGGUACAGACAACAGCACAGAACAGAGGAAUAACAGGCACACAAGUGUUGAGGGAGGCAACAACAACGAUGAAGAAGAAGAAGUACAGAGAGAAAACCGCGAGAUUAUGAACGGCGGACAUCACAACAACAACCAUGGUAACAACGCUGACCAGCUGACCAUGGUCGCCUCCGGACAGAACGGACCUCUGAGAGUGUCCUUUGAGAGCGAGGUGGUGCCGGGAUUCUCGGCCAGCAGCACCAAGGUCCUUGAAGGAGGGCCAGUGGUCUUCUCGACGUCGUGUAAGGAACAGGUGGAGGUGGAGGAAGCCCAGGCAUUAGCUGUUGCCAUGGAGAUGUCGACCCUGCCCCAGCAGGCCCUUCCCAGGGUUCCUGGGCUGACCAGAAGGACUGAGGAGAAGGAACUGAUCAUACAUGUGCAGCCUAAGCACCUGAAGGGAGAGAAGUCAGGAGGUGCGUAUAAGAUGGACCAGCAGUGGCUGAAGGGGACCAUGAUCGGUACAGGUGCCUUCUCCACAUGUUACCAGGCACGGGACGUACAGACUGGCACGCUCAUGGCAUGUAAACAGGUUUCGUUCUGCCGUAACUCACCAACAGAACAGGAGAAGGUUGCAGAGGAGAUCCGGGGGGAGAUCCAGCUGAUGGCACGGCUGGACCACCCCAACAUCGUGCGUGUUCUGGGCGCAACACAGGAGGGAACACACUUCAACAUCUUCCAGGAGUGGAUGCCAGGGGGCUCUGUUGCCGGGUUGCUGGACCAGUACGGGGCCUUCUCUGACACAGUCAUCAAAAACUUCACCCGGCAGGUCCUGUUGGGUGUGUCUUAUCUCCAUGACAACUGCAUCAUCCACAGAGACAUCAAGGGAGCUAACCUGCUAGUUGACAGCACUGGAACCAGACUGAGGAUUGCUGACUUUGGAACAGCAGCUCGGCUGGCCACCAAGCUGACAGGAGCAGGGGAGUUCCAGGGACAGCUGCUGGGCACCAUAGCCUUCAUGGCUCCGGAGGUGCUGCGAGGCGAGCAGUACGGGCGCUCCUGCGAUGUCUGGAGUAUCGGGUGUACCGUCAUCGAGAUGGGCACCGCCUCCCCGCCAUGGAACGCCAACGCCAUAGACAACCAUCUCGCUCUUAUCUUCAGGAUUGCGAGUUCCAGCGAGCCCCCACCCCUGCCACAGGGCUUCUCCCCUGGCCUGCGGGACCUGGUGCUGAGGUGUCUGGAACAGUCAGGGGCUGACAGGCCGUCCAUACGGGAACUCUUACAACAUGCAGUCUUCACCACACCCUGAAGAUCACUGGGGAAUCUACGGAGUCUACACUUUACCCUGGGAAUUACUGGGGAAUCUACAGAGAUUGAUACAAUUGUAAAAGUCUCCUGUAGCUAAUUGUUAUGAUGUGAAGAAAACGUUUGUGACAUGUCAAACUCUUACAGCACGCAGUCUUCACCAUGCCCUGAGACUUAGUGGGGAAUCUAUGGAGUCUUCACUUUACCCAGAGAAUUACGGGAAUCUACUGAGAUUGAUACCAUUGUGAAAAUCUCCUGUAACUAACUGUUGAGAUGCGAAGAAAAGGCAGGUGACACGUUGCACUUUUAUCCCAACAUGUCAUCUUCAACAUGCCCUGAGACUUUCUGGGGGAAACUACAGAGUCUUCACUUUGCCAUGAGAAUUAUGGGAAUCUACUGAGAUUGGUGAAACUGUGGAAAUCAAAUGGAUUGACUUUGAUUUUGAGAAAUCUGUGGAAAGAGAAGUCCAGGAAGAUUAGCCAUCUACAGACUAAUGUAUGAAAGCUAAUGGGCUGGAUAAAGUAUCUAUGAGUUAGUCAUGAAAUGACAAGGAGUAGAGAUGACCAGACUUACAACAGAUCUGCUCAGUGAGAGAAGUUGAUGCUACAUCUGACUGUCUCCCAAAUCUUAUAACCAGUUGCUUGAGUAACUGCUAUUUGGGGUUUCUUACUAGCUAGAUGUCCAACCUUCAUCAACGGAAUUUAGAUGAAGUUCUAAGGGCGGUCUGUUGCAAGAAUCUGAUGGGAAGACUAGUUUUAGUUAUCCUUGCUGGCUAGUUCAAAGCCUCAGAGAAGUCAAGGGUUUUAAAGAAACCUGACAGAACUGAAAAGCAAUACUCAAGCUGGAGUCUAAGACUUACAAAUGCAGUGUAAGGCUUGUAAGACUUACGAAUGCAAAGUCAGUGAAUGCCGUGGCUCAGAGGAGCCAAGUACGAACCAGAAGGUUCUGGGUUCUAGCCCUAACUUGAAAGUUAGACUUUAACAACAAGUUGGAAGUUUGAUAUGAAAACUAUCGCUAGCUGGGAAGGGCUGUCAAUGUAGAUAGGUUUUACAUGCAAUGUAAACUAUUAUUGUUAGUGUGUUUUUAUUCUCUACUAUGAGAAGUCACUCUCAAGUCUAACAUGUGUUGCAGAACAUGUUAAUAGUAUAAGCUACUAUGUAAGCUACAGUAUGUACAGGUUGAGCCUGUAAUUUUAAGUGGAGGUCAGUUAUUCUACAUGAAUACAACAGCCUCGGCCAAUCAGCUGGCUCUGCUUCCCAAGCAAUCAUUUUAAUUGGUCACAUAUAAGAAUGUGUCCUAUUGGUCAGCUUUUGUAGAUGUUGUUCAAAUGAUUGAGUAUUAUGAAAGAACAUCCCCUUGCCACUACAACUCAUAACUUGCCAUGAACCAUUGGGUUUUGAAUGACGAAGAGCCAUCACCAAAAACCACAAACACUCAUUCAUUAAACUACAAUAGAGCUAUAUCAAAGUACUGUAUAGCCAGUACUACAAACAGACGGAUUUUAGACAGUACCUUUUUAUCAUACACAACAAGUGUAUGAAUAUUACUCGGAUGUUGCCAGUAUUGUAAUCAUUUGGUGUAAGGUAGCUAACCUUUGAACCUAACCUGUCCCACAAAUUUUGCCAAAUUCUAUAUAUUACAAAUGGAAAGCUGGACUUUCUCUUGUGAACUGUGGUAACUAACACCUGUUGUGUAAUCUGUAAUAUGCUGUUCAGAGUUCAGUAUAUUACAGGUUUGUUAUGAGAAGGGUGCUGUAAUUGCAGUAUUGGUGACUAAGGAAGCAGAGCUUUCUUUUAAUAGGAAUUCUUGAAAAUGAGUGGUGUAAAUGGUAAAAAAGGGUUUUCUUAAAGGAGUGUGGAAUGUGUUAAGGAUUGUGAAGUCUUGUUUCAACCCAGCAGCCAUAUGUUUGUUCUUAGUGACUUAGAUUAGUGUGUUUUGUUUCUGUAGUGAGUCAACUAGUAUUGUAGGAAGCUGUUCUGCAGUCUAUAUAGCUUUAUUGAAUAGAAUUUUGGUAAAUGUGAGGUAGACAAUGCCAUGACAAUGGUGUAUCCAAACUUUUCUGGUUCAUGAAGCUUCUGUUAGUUGUAUCUUGAGUUGACUGUUUUGUUCUUCUAACAUUUAGUUUGAAUGUUAACAGGGUCAUAGACUUAAAGAUGCAAGAACCUUUACUAAGACAGUAUGUUCUAGUAGUAGUAGAUGGUGUGCAACUGCAGAGCAGUAAAGUGAGAAGGAACUGUUGAACAGUGAAGCUACAGGAAUGGCUUUCACCUGUGGAGAUGUCUCACAGUGAAAACACAGAAUAAAACCUUAUCUACAAGCUUG